AUGGCGGAGAGCACUCCUUCGACGUCUAGUGUGUCGAAUAUUGAUUCGUCGAGUACAAGUUUGAGAAAGGAAAAAAGAAAGGCAUAUUUAGCAAGCAGAGAUGCUUCAAAGGUUUAUUUAUUUGAUGUCUUUGAACGUUGGAGGGCAUUUAAAGAAAGCAAAAAUAUCAAGAGUGACAAGGAUGUUGCUGAAAUGUUACUUAAAUCCUAUCAAGCACAGCAGGAUCGAUUAUGGUGAGAUUAUACACAAAUAUAAGCAUAUUUCUUUUUAUACAAUGUGUUUUAUUUCAUUUCAUAUUGUCUCGCAUCUAAAGUUUAUAUAUUUUGUUGAUAGUGUGAGUGUGGAGGCCCAAACAAGCCAAACUGAACCAGAGUUUAUUCAAGAUGAAUUGCCCAUUGUUCAACCAGCGACGCCAACAACACCUAGAAGACGCGCACGAAUAUUUAGACAAAGAGAAUCUACCCUGGACAAUUUUCCUUCGCCGUGUAAGUGUUUAAUAACAACAGUAUGCAUAUCAAACAGUGCAUCAAUUACAAGUUUAUUAUGUUGCAUGGCGUGUAUUAUUUUAAAAAAUAUAUAAUUGUUUUCAUUCAUAUUUCAUAGUGUUUACCUCUACACCUCUUGGCCAUGCCGAAGCCCUGCCAGCGACGCCAACAACACCAAGAAGAAGCGCACAAAUAUUUAGACAAAGAGAAUCUACCCUGGACAAUUUUCCUUCGCCAUGUAGGUGUUUAAUAACAGCAGUAUGCAUAUCAAACAGUGCAUCAAUUACAAGUUUAAAAUGUUGCGUGGCGUGUAUUAUUUUAAAAAAUAUAUACGGUAAUUGUUUUCAUUCAUAUUUCAUAGUGUUUACCUCUACACCUCUUAGCCAUGCUGAAGCCCUGAAUUCCCCAGAAAUACAGAUGAGCCCUGCCAGUAAGUUAACUGUUGUUUUAAUCAGUGCACAAAGUCAUACAAAGUUAAAGAUAUUUUAUUAUGAUAUGUUUGGUAAACGUUUGAUGAAAUUAUAACAUAAAAAGCAACACUUGACUGUCUUAUAUGCUGUAUAGUGAUACAUCCCCCCCUAUGGCCUAUUAUCUCUUGACUCUACUUUAUCGAGUAGACUUACAUCAACCAGUAGAAGUCUUGUGUGCUCAUAGUGAAGCAACCCCCAAUUAAUGGGUACCUCAAGAACCCAUGUAUAUUUUUUAUAUUAGGCAAUCAACCUACACAUUCUGCUCAUUGUGCAAAUCCAAUAUUUCCAAAAAUUAUAAACAUAAAGGCCUUGACCCUUGUGAUAAAUUGUUGUUGAUUCAAUCUAAAUUUUAUAAAUCUACAAUUCUACAUUUUUAAAUUUUUUCUGUCAACUUUCUCAUGUAGUUACCAGUUCAACUCCACCAAUUUUAUAUUCUCGAAGUCGACGAAGCCUACUACCUGACAGUUCACCAUUGUCUGCUAUCAGUGCUACAAUAUCUAAGAGGUUUGUAGUCUUGUUAACAAUGACAAAAAAGGUCAAUACAUGAAAAGUGUGGUAUAUUUUUCAUGUGUUAUUUGUUUCUAAAUUAAAUACAGAAAUCCUUUAGAAGAGGAAACGCUAUCUGGUAACGAGGAUGACUCAGAUAGUGAAUAUGAUGAUAACACAACUCUGACUGCAUCAACCAUCAUGCCCAUGGAUGAAAGUGUUGAGUAUGUUGCUAUUUUAUAACAUGUACUGUAAAUAUGUGGGGAUAAUCUGUUUCAGGCUAAUUACAAACUACAGGGCAAAUAUGCCAAGUCUGAGUCUAUUUAUAUCAUGUCAAAAUGGUCUCAAAUCAUUAUGGUGUGAUCUAACCAGUAACCCUUACAAAAAUUUCUGCACAGCUUCAGCACUCCAAACUCAAAACAUUGUUGCUGGGAAAAUGUCCCCGAAUUCUAAUGAAAGGGUUCAUGCAUGCCUUGAAACCGUGGAAAGUCCUCAUUCCCUGGGCACUUGAAAAGUCCUUGAAAAAUCCAAAAUCAGAUAAAGUGCUUGAGAAUUACACAAAAAUAUAAAUGAAGUUAAGUUCUGUAACAUCAAAAUAUGUCAAGACGUUUCGAAUAAGUAAAUUUGUGCUUUUAUGCGGUUGCGAUUUUCAAGGAUUUCAUUACUAAUGAUUCCCAGUGACAGAAGUGUUGGAAAAAGUUUGAAUUCAGUCAUUGAAAAGUCAUUAAUUUUGUACAGUAUAGCAGACCCUGUAAUGGUCCACCCCUAUUAUGGCCUUCAAUUAUAGAUUACCGCCACCCUCGGAAGCAUCAUUCAUUGAGGAAGAGGUGUUCAACACAGAAAUUGGUGGCCACAAUGAUGAGGAGUUGGCACAAGAUGAAGGAAAUGAAUCCUCCGUCAAGCGAAUAAGUGUGGAGGAUGCUAUUCAUCAAGAAAAGUGUGUUGUUUUUACAGAUGCAAUCAUGUCAUUGCUAAAAUAAUUACAUGGGAGCAUUUGUAAGCAACAGGGAUGUGGUUGUGUGCUGGAAUAUAGAAAAAGUUAUGUUGGUACAUGUCUGAUUGUAUCCUGGAGAUGUGCCUCUGGACAUAAAGGAGGCAGAUGGGGUGCUCAACCCAUGUGUGAGAAUCUUAGAGCUGGAAAUUUAUUGCUUGCUUCUGCUUUGUUGUUGUCUGGAAACUCGCAUACAAAAGUAGGGUUAAUGUUCAGAUUCUUUAAUGUUCAGAUUCUUUAACAGUGUUUUAACACUGUUUACUCAGUAGGAGAGUCUGUACAUUGCCCCUGCUGUAAACGAGUUCUGGGAACAACACAAGCAGGAGCUUUGGGAAGAAAAGACUGCACAAUAUAUCAUUCUCAGUGGUGAUGGUCGGAAUGAUUCGCCCGGGCAUUGUGCGCAAUACUCAACGUACAGUUUGGCAGACAUGGAAGACAACACUAUCCUCCAAAUGAACAUUGUGGACAUCAGAGAAGCUGCUGGAAAGAGCAACAAUAUGGAGCAAAAUGGGUUUGUGAGAGGAAUGGAUAAGUUGCUGGCUUCUCAGAUGUGCAUUAAAGAAGUUGUCACUGAUUGUUACUACACGAAGUUUUAUGACAUAGUAUAG